UAUUUAUUUUUUGCCUGACGAUAGGGAAACAGAUGUAACAAUAUGGCAACGGACCCUCCUGGAUGUUCAUUUGAUUUGAAGGAAAUUCAGAACAAUCCACGUGUAGAUGAAAAGUUGUCAGUGUAUUCGACCUUUCAUGGUUACAACGUUAAAAAGGCAUAUGCUGGAGAAAAAAUAAAAGUUGGACUUCGAGUUGUGAGACCAAAAAGCUGGAAACCUGAAAGUGAUAACAAAUUUGACAAUGGCAGAGAAAUUGGAACUAUAAUAGAUUUAACUGAAUCAGGUCAGGUGAAAGUUCAAUGGGACGCUGGUGGAAAGGAUAAAUUUGAGAAGGGAGAUAAUAACCAGUUUGAUUUGCUUUUGUUUGAUAAUGCACAAAUAGGUGUCAAGCAUACCUAUGUUCAAUGUGAUGAAUGCGACGUGUACCCAUUACGUGGAAUAAGAUGGAAGUGUAAGAUCUGUGUGGAUUAUAAUCUUUGUACCGACUGCUACAUGAAUGAUGAGCAUGAGCUUUCACAUAUAUUCAAAAGAAUGCUCAGUACUGAUUCUAAAGGUGAACAAAUGCCACCACGAGAAAAUCAGGAUUACACCCUUGCCGUGGGAAUUCAACCAAAUGCAAUUGUUCACCUGUGUGGGGACACUAAACAUAAAGAUCGAUAUGGUCGAGUAGAACAAUUCCUUGAAAACACUUUAGAAACAUACAGGUCUGAUGCAAUAGUACACUGGAACGACAAUUUGACAGGAAGCUAUCGCGUAGGAAGGAAUGGACAGUGUGAUUUAAUGUGUAUAGAUGCAGCAAAAGGCCCUAUGUAUUACGAAGAACAUUUGCCAAUUGCAACAGAUAAAAAUGUACAGAGAGGUGCAAGAGUGGUUAGAGGUCCUGACUGGGAUGACAGUAGCGACUGUGAUGGUGGACUAGGACAUUUAGGAACAGUAACACAUGUUGGAGAUUUGAGUAAAAUAGAAAAUAUAACAUCACAAGAUGAAUCAGGAAAAAACAAACACAAAAAGCCGACGUCCACAGUCGUCAUGGUAUCACUUAAACUUGAUGUAAGAGUACAAUGGGAUAAUGGUAAAACGGAGGAUUACAGUUUGUCAAGUAAUUGUUUACGACUGUUUGACAAUGGACCAUCAGGAGUUUGUCAUGAGGGUUAUGUUUGUGAUUGCUGUUCUUCUAAAGAGAUUAUACGUGGUAUCCGAUGGAAAUGUAAUAUGUGUCAUGAUUUUAAUUUGUGUAAUAUUUGCUACAUGUCCGACAAACACGAUCUUGGUCAUAUAUUUCAACGAAUAGUUGCUGCAAAUGUGAGAGAAAAUAUGCAGACAUCAAGAGAACACCCACGGUCAUCAGUAAAAAGGCAGUCCUCUGGUAUAUUCAAAGGUGCAACGGUGGUUGAAGUAUCUCUCGAUAAAAGCGAUGAGAAACGAGGCAUCGUCAAAGACAUUUGUGGAUGUAAGGAAGACACAGGUCGAAGCGAAGUGGAAGUACUGUGGUCCAAGGAUAAAUCAAAAAGUUCACAUCGGAUCCUAGAUCUAAAAUAUGUCGCAGGAGGGGCCUUUUUCUAUUACUAUGAUCACCUCCCUGCUUUAGGAAAAGACUCCCGGGGUUACUUCGCUGUGAAUUUUAUUCUUCCUAAUAAUGCUACAAGAAAGAUUCAGGUUGAUAUAUGGCGUACUAUUAAGCUAGUCAAGAAAGACAUAUUCAAACCAAGCUUGUAUCUGAUAUUUGCAAAUCAUACAGCUGUAGACAAAAAAGAGUCAAAGGGCGACAAAAAGGACAACAUGGUUCUUAUGGAAGAAGUACUUGAAUUUGCAAAGAAGACCAAACUUCCCUGCCACGUUGUGGGACAAAGAGUUUUAUUCCAUAGCGGUUCCACCCAUACUGUCUUUAUACACUAUAAGACAGAGAAGGAUACUGUUAAGGAACUUGUAGAGAAAGGCUUCCAUAAAUUCGAAAGGGGUGACAUGGAUACGAAAAAUAAAAAAGACGAGAUGGAUGCAGAAAAUAAAGGAGACGAGAUUGAUGCAGAAAAUAAAGAAAACGAGAUGGAUGCAGAAAAUAAAGAAGACGAGAUUCAGUACUUCCUACGAAUGGCUAAAUACGUUAGUGGAGAAGAUGUAUUGCCAGUCGUCAUAUCCUUGCGUAAUGGUGGAAUGACAAAGGAAGUGCUGACAUAUACAGAAAAAUCGAAAAUACCUAUAAUUCGAUUUAAGAAACACAGCUUGGAUGUUAGUGUUUUAACCCAUCAGAACAUAGAAGUUGACUCUAGAUAUGUACAGAUGAAAGAACACAUAACAGAUAUAAAAAAUCCAUGGAACAUAAAGACAUCCAAAACAAAGGAUUACCCAUUAGGAAAAUAUGACGGAGAGGAUGAUCCAGAUGAAAUAGCUCUUAUUUCCGAGAUUCAGUCGGAUUUUCGAGACAAUUUAGACGCUUUAGUUUGCAGCCUUUUAAUCGGAGUGUCGAUGGUAAAAGGGUCAAUUGAAGACAAAAUAUUUGGACCAUAUACUAAAGUGUAUCCGAACGCCUUAUCGAUGUACCUUCUAAAAGAAGGAAAAUGGAGAAUACCAAAAGAGAAUAUCAAAUCGUCUUUUGAUUAUAGAUCCCUAGAAUACAUUUUUGAAGAGGAUCUGACAUCAGAAAUUAAAAACGGCCUAUGGUCUUAUCUACAAUCCAUGACCAAUAUGGCAUACAAAGCUCCUGAUUUUCGAGUAAAAAAAGUAGACGAUUCCGAAGAUGAAGAUGAACCAGCAAAAGACGGCAGAACAGAUGGAGACAACAAAAUAACUAGCAAAAAAGCCAGAGCCAAAAGAUUUUUGAACUUCAAAAAGGAUAAAUUAAAGAAAAAAAAACGCAAACAACUAGAACUCAAGGUUUCAACGUCUGAGUUGUACGGCCUAAUUGUAUACGCCCUGUUGAAAAAACAGUAUUGGGAUGGUGCACAACAACUGAUAGAAACAGGAUGUAUAAGGAUUCGUUAUAUUCUAAUCGGUUGUGUCAUCUUAGAAGAUGAAAUCAGCAACUGGAGAACAAAUUCAUGCCUAAAGGAAAAAUUGCAACGAUUCAAAAGUGCAAUCACCCAGCGAGCAAUUCGAAUAACAAGCUGUAUUAACGAGGCUGACAAGAAAAAGAAAGACGUAUCCGCGAAAAUAAAAGAGAGCAAAUUUCACAGUCCUAAAACAGAUUCAGAAAUUAAAGAAGGGCAACAAUUGGGAGAGCAUAUUAACCAUGCUGGACGGCUAUUGGUAAAUCAUGGAUACAUAGAAGAUGCCAUAAAGACUCAAAACAAGACUUUUCUUGACAACAGCACAGUGAAGAAUAUCCUAAAUGAAAUGUGGUAUGGUACAGAGAAGUUAGAUAAGCGAACGAGUGUGUGCUUCUUUGGUCUUGCUGUUGUGCACAUGAUUGUGUUGCCUUUAUUAAUGAUAAGUAUGGAAGCAGGUCCUUUAAUUUGGUUUUACAAGAAGUAUAACCUUCCGUUCAUUAAAGUGUCCAUGCAAAUGUUUGGCUUCUUAACGCUCAAUACCGCAUAUGCAUACAUGCUGUUGUUUGACUACAGUGACGACGGAAUUACCUAUGCGGACUAUUUCAUAAUGGUAUGGAUGGUCAGCUUCUUUGUGGAUGAAACCAAGCAGCUCAUCGUUUCUAUGAUAAGAAAAAAAUGGAAGAGUUAUGCAAGUGAUUGUUGGAACCAAUUAGACUGGCUUUCCAUGAUAGUUUAUGCUUCUGGAAUGUUGAUGAAGUUAUGUCAAGGACCCCGGUGUCGAGAUGCAUCCAAAGUUUUGUUGGUGGCAGCAUUUAUUUUCUUAUCAAUAAGAAUUUUAAAUCUGUUCUGUAUGUCAGCAAUGUUAGGACCAAAGUUAGUCAUGAUACGAAAAAUGGCUCGAGAUACUGUUUCAUUCAUGAUUAUAAUGGCAGUCAUAAUGAUGUGUUACAACAUAUCGUUUUAUGCUCUUUUGUAUCCUAAUUCUGAGUUAAGCUGGCUUCAGAUUGAAAAGAUAAUACAAAAUGGUUACUGGAUGUUAUUUGGAGAACUUAAUCUAGAUAGUGUCACACUAUCUGAACCGCACUGCACAUUCAACCGAGCAGUUUAUGAAAAUACUGAUGUACCGAGAUGUCCUGCGAAGCUUGGUGUAUACCUUACGCCUUACUUGAAAGCCCUCUACGGAUUAAUAGCAGUUAUUUUACUCCUGAAUCUGUUGAUAGCUAUGUACAGUGAUACAUUUCAAAAAGUCCACAAAGAAUCUGAGUUUUACUGGGCUCAAAUUCAGACUGACUUCCUUGAAGAAUACAGCAUCAAGACAGUUUUUCCAGUACAUCUUCAAUUACUUGUACUGCCAGCCACAAUCGUGCAUGCCAUAUUUUGGUUCUGUUGUCCUCAUCUGUGUGGAAGACUUUAUAAAACAUGUCGGGACCAGGGUUAUGGAAAAGAGGAUACAGUAACCCUUAAUCAUUGCCCUAUGUUUGUUAGAGUUUUUUUGUACAAUACAAAUUUUGAUUUGAAGCUGAAAACAACAAAAGAAGCAGAGGGCAAUGGUGCACUAAAAGCAAAAGGGGAAAUAGACCUUUCUGAAGUUGACAGGCUUACGCAAUUCAAGCCAGACACAAGUCCUAAUGCUCAUAUGACGGAGCUAUUUAAAGCUCAUAUGCAGCCUCUUAUAAAUACAUAUAAGCAAUGA